GGAAGAUGGACUUCGGCACUCCAUCUUCCUGCCCGACUAUGGUUUACGGUAUCGGAGAGUGAAGAGUACACGGCGAAGAGGCGGAGUUGACGGGAAAGAGAUGGUCCAUCACACGGAGAACACACCUCAGGAAGUCACCAUAUCGAAUUAUGCUAUCACUACCAACACCACCCAUAGCUCAGAACAGAUCUUCAAGACACGUUACAUACUGCCACUUACGCUGCCUUUCAACAUCGCGGCACUCCAUCUACGCGAAGGACGCCGUGGCGACGCGUCCGGCUGCCGAUGGUGUCUCGAUGGUCGAAGGUGAGCAUUGACCCGAGAAGCAUCAACAAGCAAGCCUCGCACACUACACGUACUUCCCAUACAGUACAUCUGCACUUCAUGCAGCGCACUCUCAACCAGUGGCUAUCGCACUGGGGCCGGCCAGGCGUUCGGCAAUGCCCCCCAGCGACAGUAAUCCAGCCAAGCAGAACGCGGAUUGGACGAAUGCCGCGGACCAAGUCCUGUCGGUCGCGUUCACGGUACAACUACACACCGGCGCAGACAAGUGUUUAUUGAUAAACAGAAACACAGGAGGACCGGGAAGAGUAGAAACCCUGAAGUGAGAACAAGUGUGAUAGUAUUUGGAACUACCUAUGAGGGUACAGUACGGAAGUUACUUAUAGCCAUAGCCAGUGCCCGAGGGCACAGGCUAGUGCAGCAACUGCC